AUGCACUUUCUCAAAGUCGGCCACAAUGGCCAGCUGACUCUCGCGGAGAACUUGAACCCUCCACCGUCCCGCUACGCUGUUCUUUCUCAUACUUGGGGCAGGGACGACGAAGAGAUAACAUAUGAUGAGAUGAAAAAUGGCCUUGGUGCCACCAAAGCCGGAUACAAGAAGCUACGCUUUUGCGCCGAUAGAGCCGGCAGGGACGGAAUAGAUUAUGUCUGGGUGGAUACCUGUUGUAUCAACAAAGCCAACUGGACUGAACUCGCGGAAGCCAUCAAUUCGAUGUAUCAAUGGUAUCAGGAUGCGGCUAAGUGCUAUGUAUACCUGUCAGACGUAUCCAUGCAGACCUGGGUGUCAAACUUCGAAACCAGCAGAUGGUUUCGUCGAGGCUGGACGCUUCAGGAGCUGCUUGCGCCGAAAUUGGUCGAGUUCUACUCGCACGAAGGAAUGUUUCUAGGAGAUAAAGAAAGCCUCGAACUCCAGAUCCACAGAUCUACUGGUAUCCCAGUUGCAGCCCUUCGCGGCAACCCCCUUUCUGACUUUGCCGUAAGUGAGCGAAAGCGAUGGGUAGCAAGGCGCAAUACGAAGAGGAUCGAAGAUAAGGCCUACUGCAUGUUGGGGAUUUUCGGGGUCUUUUUGCCCCUGAUAUAUGGUGAAGGUGCUAAUGCAUGGAAGCGGCUUGACGAAGAGAUCGAAAAGUCUUCUACAAGCGAAUCCCUCACCAACACUCGAAAUCGGGACUCUUGUCAAAGAUUAGAAAGCAAAGCAGCCCUGCGACGUGUCAAAGAAGCCCAGGCAGGGCCCUAUGCACCUUUUCUCGAUGUCCUUCUUCAACUUGCCGAGGUACCAAAUGAUGAUCGCACUCGAAAGGCAAUGUUGCAAUGUGCGCGUUUGCUUAGCAUAACGGAUAGCGCGAAAUUCCUAUGGGAGCACCGCGACGCGGUGGACAAAGAGACAGUCAAGGCGACAGACAAAGCUGAGGAACGACUUCGAGAUACCUACUAUGGUGCUGUUGCGCGGUGCUACAAGUCGCUUGGCUUCGACGAUAUAAUGGCCAGAGAAGAAAUCAUUGCUGCACCCGACGACGAAACCUGUCUUUGGAUAUAUGAUGCACCAGAGUUCGAAAGCUGGCACUCAAAUCAGAAGCCGCUGCUCUGGCUCAAAGGCAAGCCUGGUUCAGGAAAAUCGAUUUUGAUGAAGAGCCUCUUCAAACGCCGCGAAAAAGACCUUGAUGACUCGUCUACCAUUCUACUACGGUUUUUCUUUAAUGGUCGAGGCUCGCCAAUGGAAAAGUCUCCAGAGGCUCUGUAUCGUACACUGACGCAGAGCAUGAUGCGUCUGCAUCCGGCAACUCUAUGCGCCGUUCUCGCUUAUUACCUUGAGAAGGAAUCUCGCACCGGUACCGUCCGCUGGCGGACUGAAGAACUCGCAGAUUUAUUCCACAAGGAGCUCGAGCAACCUCAGAAAAAGGACAUUGAGGUAUUUGUCGAUGCGCUUGACGAAUGCUCAGAUUCAGAGGUGCUCGAGGUGAUUCGACGAUUCGAAAAAUCCAUUCAGAAACCUCGGGAUCAAAGCAAACUGAGGAUCUGCUGGAGUAGCCGCUUUUAUCCAAACAUCAGCUUGCGCGCAGUACAAGCGAUAGAGCUGAUUGUGAGUGACCAAAAUUCCCAGGACAUCCGCGAGCACGUUCGAAACAUAUUUCCUCUACACUUGGAUGAGAGACUACGGUCACUUAGCGAGGACGUCAUAUCCCGGGCUCAAGGGGUCUUCUUGUGGGCGUCAUUGGCGGCCAAGAAGCUGAUGCAGGCCUUCGAUGCCGGCAGAGACGUAGACGAUCUGGUUUCGAUCCUUCAGAGUAUACCAAGCAGCUUGGGCCAAUACUUUCUGAAAAUCUUUACCGAUACAACUUUUACACAGGAACAACGAAAGGACCUGCAUGACAUCGCCCUGCUCGUGCUCGGCUCUCUACGACCGCUUUCAGCAGACGAACUCCACUCUGCUCUCCUUCUUGCAAAUGCGAAUACGAAGUGGUCUUUGGAUACCAUUAGACUGUCAUCAGAAAACCUCGGACAAUUCAGGAAGCGCUUGAUACACGCCUCCGGGGGUCUAAUUGAGGUUGUGGAGAGGGACACGUUAUUCAAUUCGUAUGGAGGCCUCUCUUGCAGGGUCCAAGUGAUACACGAAUCGGUACGGGAAUUCUUCCUCGGAGAGGGCCUAUUCGUGCUGAACGUGUCUUCCACUAAGGCUUUUGCCGCCGAAAGCCACUCCGUAAUGGUCCGCGCCGCAUUCAAAGGACUCAUAGGAAUACAGACCGACUUCACACGACAUCGGCACGGUCAAAACGAAAGCGGAGAUCCUUCCGAUGACAACGUUCUGGAUGCUCUGAUUCCUGCCAAAACAUGGUGCCCUCCUUCGGUAUCAUUCGUUCUCGGUUACGUCAGAGAUCAUUGCUUCUCCCAUUUGACCUUCGCCGCUGAGGCACAAAUUGAAGCGCAGGAUGGAUCGGCUGCCGCUGACCUUCCAUGCAGCUCAGUCUCCAGGGAAGCACUUUUCGCCUAUUUGCGUCUCGCUUGCUCGGAAGUGAUUCUCCAUGGGACGUCAAGAGCAUCGGUGAAUGAGCAGCUCCAGUCAGCUUCCCUCCAUCCUAGCGUCUUCGGAUUUGAAAAGCAAGAACUGGCACAGGUGCUGGACCUUCCAAAUCAACUUAUGACCGCUUCGGAAUUUUUGAAGCGUAGGGGACUCUAUCUCUUCGAAGAGCCUCCAGCUACGGGAUCGUCGCCGGUCACAAUGCAUCGGUUUCUAGCUGUUUUUGUUGCCAGUUUUCGAUCCAACGGUGGGAUGCUCGCGUCCAGACCGAGCUCAAAGACGGAGCUGUCGACCCCAAAUCAAUCUUCAGCGGAAGUGCGUGAAGUUCACCGGAAGCGUCCAUGGCUGCCACUGGAGGAAGACACCAAUGAGCCUUCAUGUGACCCUCCAGCCAACCUUCACUUUGGAAUCUCUUUCUUAUUACCUCAUCCGACAGUCCCCCGAGUUAUGCUACCUGAAAGGUUUCAAAGCCCGAAUCCCCACGACAUUAGUCGGGAGGACGCUGUCCUUGCUGUUGACAUUGGGGACUGGAGUUUUGUGGCCUCAAACGACGCAAAGUUGAAACCCUACCUGACCAAUCCUGUUUCCGAUGAGUUGGGAUCGCACCUCACCUUCUCGAACCCUUCGACCCUUAGUUGCAUCCUCUUUUAUUGGCCUCAGGAUGAUAGUGAAGUGACUUUGUCCAAUGGUGAGCCUGUUCCAAUUCGCGUACAGGAGGGGGACUGUCAGAUCGGAUGGCGACCAGUUCGAGGGGCUUCAAAUCGAGCGACUCUGUUCCCUCCCUUGACCCGUCCAGAGCAGUGGGAUCGGUAUCGUAACCGAUUGAGACCGGAGGUGAACCCGGCGGCUUUUAUGCGCCCAUGGCACCGGCGGCAGUUAGACCGAAUGAGACGGGAGGGCAGCAGCUCGAGCCCGGCAAAGGUUGCUAAGAGAGGUGCAACCUAUUCCGAUUGUGAACUCGAUCCUGUCGCUCAGGUUUUCGAUGAUGAACAGUUCCUCAGGGCGCGGACGGUCAGAUCCGCCCAUUAA